AUGGCUCCUGCCACUUCAGAUGGACCUGGUGCAAGGGUAUUUGGUAUACCUCGGAGAACACUAGGAAUAAUCCUCCUCCUGGUGGUAGUUGUCCUCUGGACAACUUCGAAUUUCCUCGGAAGCACAAUAUUCGCCGAUAGAACGUACCCCAAACCCUUCUUUGUGACUUAUACAAACACUUCGAUGUUCAUGCUGCCCCUCUUUACAAUCCUUAUCCGGCGGACAUGGGGUCUCUGGCGCCAGGGCAGACUUUCCCAGAUUACUUCGUUCAAGAGUUUGUUGCGACACUUGGAUUCGCAUGAUCCCAAGGCUGAGGAGGAGAGUAUAUUGCGUGGUGACUCCGAUGAGGAAGGUGCGCGGUUGAGACGUCCUAGUCACGAUGCCUCGAAUGCCAAGUUGGGGUUGAAGGCUACGGCUAAAUUGAGUGUUCAGUUUUGUAUGCUUUGGGCAAACUACUUUGCCAUGGCGUGUCUUCAGUUCACUACCGUUGGCAGUACAACUAUUUUGACUUCCACUAGUGGUGUUUGGACUCUGAUCUUCGGUGCUGUUAUUGGCGUUGAGAAAUUUACGGCUCGCAAAUUCUUGGGUGUCAUCGCUUCAUUGAUUGGCAUUAUCUUGAUUUCGCGCGUCGACCUCACCAAGUCUGACGACGCAGGCGCAGCCUCAGACGGUAGCGAGGGCUCAUUCCCGCACAAGUCGUCUGGAGAAAUUGCUCUGGGAGACGCUAUGGCUGCUUUCAGUGCCAUCAUGUAUGGUCUUUACACCAUCGUGAUGAAGAAGCAAGUAGGCGACGAGUCCAAGGUGGACAUGUCACUAUUCUUCGGACUAGUCGGAUUCUUCAACGUUGUCCUUCUUUGGCCUGGUUUCUUCCUUUUCCAUUGGACUGGAAUGGAACCUUUUGCCUUCCCAGAGACGAGCCGAGUUUGGACGAUCAUUCUGUCAAACUCGCUUGCAUCAUUCAUCUCUGACAUCUUCUGGGCUUAUGCCAUGCUCCUUACUACACCCCUUAUCGUGACAGUCGGUCUCAGUCUAACCAUUCCCCUUUCUUUGGUUGGACAGAUCGUCCUACAGGGUCAAUACGCUGGCGCAUUAUAUUGGGUUGGAGCAGCUAUUGUGUUCCUAUCAUUCUUGGUUGUCAACCAUGAGAGCAAGACGCAGGAUGAUCUUGCUAAUCCUAAUGGAGCAGGCGGGCCCUCUUCCAGUGAGUAUAGCAGCAUUCCUGUGGAGGAAGAGGAGAUGCGUUAA